CGAACCCAUUUGCUUACCGCCACCCCUCGUUUGAAUGUGUGCGUGUCAUAUUUUGUACCUACCGAGGCUGACAUUUUUCUCCGGGCUUCAUUUUUGUGCACCAGAAAACGUUUUCCGCUUCAUUCGCUGAAGUGGAGCCCGAAAAAGUGUAUAAAACUAAAUUGACCCGAUUGCAGUGGUAAUCGACGGCCGAAGUGUGGGCUUCAGGUUUUCACCCCCGCUUCGAAAUGGCUGGCGGCGGAUCCGGCACGAAGGUGGUGCAAAUCACCAACAUUGCCCCGCAGGCGACCAAGGACCAGAUGCAGAACCUGUUCGGGCACCUCGGCAAGAUCGAUGAGAUCCGUCUGUAUCCGACGAUUCGGGACGUUUCCUGCCCGGUGGUGUCCCGCAUCUGCUACGUCAAGUACUUCGAGAGCAGCUGCGUGGCCGUCGCUCAGCACUUGACCAACACGGUGUUUAUCGAUCGGGCGCUGAUCGUCAUUCCGGUCCAGGGUGGAAUGAUUCCCGACGAGUACAAGGCGCUGGAGAUGGCCGCCAAUGGGACGCUGGUUCCGGGGCUGCACAGCAUCGAGGGACCGAGCAAGCUGCCGCCGGAGGUCGUUAACCGGAUCGACGGAAUGGUACCGAAUCAGGUAAUGAAAACCAUCGAUCCGAAGUUGGACGAGAACAAUCUUCCGGAGUAUCCACCCUUGCCGGUUAACUUUGAUGCGAAGAAAAUCGAAGAGACCCGCCGCACCCUCUUGGUGCUGGACAUCAAGUCCGACUGGCGUCUAGAGGAACUGAUGGAUCACUUCAAGCUGUGCGGCGAGAUCAAGUACGCCCGGUAUGCGGAGAAUGAGCGAUCUAGGUUCGCGCUGCUGGAAUUCUGCGAGCAGAAGAGUAUUAUUGCUGGGUUGAAGAUGCAUGGUUCUGAGUUCCGCGGUUACCGGUUGAACGUGCACCACUCUACGCAGCCGAUCGUGAAACCGGAAGCGAAGAGUAACGAAGCCGCUCAGAAGGAGAUCGAGGAAGCCAUGUCGAUUGUAAAGGAAGCGCAUCAUAUGAUAUCGGCCGCUAUCGAUCCGGUGAUUGGGAUGUUGGCCAAGGAUAAGAGCUCAAGUCGCCGACGAUCGCGAUCGCAUUCUCGCUCCAAGGAUCGCCAUUCGAGAUCCCGAUCCCGUAAGCGUUCAAAGUCACGCUCGAAACGAUCGCGCUCGCGUAAACGCUCCCGAAGCCGUUCGAAACGUUCCCGAUCGCGUUCCAAACGAUCGCACUCGAAACGAUCACCAUCGCGAAGCAAACGAUCGCGAUCGCGUUCGAAACGUUCGAGAUCGCGUGAUCGCCGCAAGCGUUCUCGCUCUCGUCGCCGUAGCCGCUCGCGUUCGCGUGACCGUCGCCGUUCGCGAUCCCGUGAUCGUAAGCGUUCCCGUUCGCGUGAUCGCCGUGAUCGUAGCCGCGAUCGCAAGAAGUCUCACCGCAACAAGGACGAGAGAAGACGUCGUUCGCGGUCGCGUUCCCGCAGCAGAAAGCGAUCGACGUCGCGUAGCCGUGGAAGCAAACCGAAAGAGCCGACCAGUCGCCCUUCGAAAAAGCGCAGCCGCUCGCCCGAUAAGCGACUGAAGAAGAUUCUGGAGGAGAGCGUCUGCCGGGACUACGAUGCCGAGGAGCGCAUCGGAGGGGUAGAGGAGGAAGCCUCGGGUACGAAAGGAUCCCCGCCUCCAACUGUAGCACCGCCUCCAGCGCCACCAGUUCCGGCGCGCGAGAAGACAGCAAGUCCGACCACGGAAAAGUCGGACAACAUGGACAUUUCCAACUCGCCGUAGAUGUCCUGCUGCGCUUGACAACCACCAGUGACGCAGGCGGUUCAGGGAUCUCUCGCUAGGGCGGACUUGAAAUCUAUGCUUUUUUCCUUUCUUUUAUUAAGAUUGAUAGUGAUACACAAGCGAGAGCCAUCUUCCAUGCUUGCAAGAAGUUGAAGAUCGCUCUCUUCUGAUUAAAUUUUUCGACUACCUUCUAAUGUCUCUGUAUAAGUGUAUGGAAUGAACCUAGGUUUGUUAAGUCUA